AUGCCUCGACGUCCUGGUCGCGCAGCCGCUAAGCGUGCUGCUGCGAAACUUGAGAGCACCCCGAGAGCUCUUGAAGAAAUCGAGGACGAGCCUAUGCCCGAUAUCGAGGGCUCUGAUGCAGAACAGCAAGCAGAACCAGAAGAGCAAGAGAACGAAGAGUCGGGCGCAGAACCCGAAGAAAAUCAAGAGUCCGAUGUGCCAUCCGUGAAAUCUCCUUCGCCUCCUCCCGUACCGGUUAUCCGACGACGACGCCUAGGUCGUCCUCCCAAGAACCGACCCCCAGACUGGGACACUCUACCUCUUGAACCUCCCCAACGUGAUCCUAACGAGCCUCCUAGGAGACGCGGCCGUGGCGGUUGGAAAGGACGAGGUGGUCGCAAGUGGGGUGGUCAUCAACCUACGCAGCAGACCAUUGAUAAAGAAGGAAAUAUGAUGGACAUUAUUGAUGACGAGGUUGCCUUGCCGGAGGAUCCCGAAGGAGAGACCAAGGUAGACAAAUCAGGACAUCUACAAGGCGGCCGCGAGUAUCGUUGCCGUACAUUCACCGUUGCUGGCCGAGGAGAUCGCCUCUACAUGUUGUCGACCGAGCCCGCCCGUUGCGUGGGGUUCCGAGAUUCUUACCUCUUCUUCACGAAGCACAAGCGACUCUACAAGAUCAUUGUAGACGAUGAUGAGAAGCGUGACAUGAUCGAGCGUGAUAUCAUUCCUCAUUCCUACAAGGGCCGUGCGAUAGGAAUCGUUACAGCCCGGUCGGUUUUCCGGGAGUUCGGCGCGUUGAUCAUUGUAGGCGGCAAGCGCAUCAUUGACGACUACGAGGUUGCUAAGGCUAGAGCCGAGGGUGUUGUCGAAGGCGAACUCGCUGAUCCUAACGACAAAUUCGUCGAGGGCGAAGAGUAUAACAAGAAUCAGUACGUGGCUUGGCAUGGUGCAAGUGCUGUCUAUCACUCUGGAGCGCCUUCUGUGCCUAUGCAGAAUGGCAAAGUAGACAAGCAGAAGAGACGAGUCAACAUUACCGACGUCAACUGGCAGCUUGAGCACGCUCGUGAAGCAAGUCGUUUCAAUGCCGAGAUUAGUGCCGUUCGACGUCUGAAUCUCUCCGGUGUUUACGAUGUCCACACCAACAUGAUGCAAUUUCCUGCUAGCAUGCAACCUACUCAUGCUAGGUUUGAACAGGUUGCAGAUUCGGCUGCUCCCACCAGUAGCGUCCGCUUCCCUCCGAUGGACCCCAAAGUUCCACGCAACUUCAAGGUUGUUGACACUCACAUGGAAAUUCCUCCAGCCGGCCUUUCACAUGCCGUGUACGAGCAGCGUGAAGUGCCCGAUUUCUUAGCUCCCUUCCAAGGACUUGGGGCAGUGUCAAAGGAGAUCUUUGAUGAACUCCCGGAUGAAUGCAAAGAAUCAUUCAACAAGGCUUUGGACCAGGAGAAUACCUGGAAAGCCAAGUGGGGCAAUGAAUCGGUCCAUGGCCACAGGCGACAGCCAAUCAUUGAUGCUGCAAUUGUUCCUUACAGUCGACAACAGUGA